AACAUUUAUUUAACUACGUUUUUAGUGAAAUUCCAUAUUAUUUUUUCUAAACCUUGGUCGUCAUAUUACUCGUUUAUAAAACAUUGUAAAUAUUUUAAUACAAUAUAGUUAUUAUUACACGUCUGUAGUAUUAUUUUAGUUGUAUAUUGGUAUUUGGUAGCGCGUAAACGCAUUGUGGAAAACUGAAUCGGUCGUCGUGUGUGUUUAUUGUACCUAAAUGGACGACAACAGAAAAAGGAAACGCGAGUUCUUCGAAGUCAACGUUCGUACUGUAACGGACACUUUAGAUCUAUCUAUCCAGCCAUUUAUGGCGAUAAAACGCCGUUCAUUAUGUCGGAUGCAAGGUCCCUGGGCGUUUUGGUCGGUACCACGGAAUUAUAUGAACUCGCCGUACAACAUAACUACUUAUAAACAAUUGGUGGUGUAUGGAUCUUCGAAAGCAUGGCCGUCAUUUCUAAUACAGAACGCCGGUGAAAUAGUCGUCAGACCCCGGCGGUCCAGGGGACAUAAAUCACUUUGGAGACGGUCCAAAAAGUUCGUAAGAAACUGCGUCGCGAGCGUCGGAUGCCAAGUUUGUUUCUGCCUAUGAAUUUGUAAUAUUUAUUUUUUCAAAUUCUUAGUUGUUUUAAUGUUCCGUUUCUAAUGUGUGCUUACGUUAGGCGACCCGCAUGCAUUAUAACUAUCUUUAUAGUCGCUUUAUUGGUUGGUUGGAUGACGAGAAUGCGCGCAGCCGCUGAGCCGGUCUUGCUGCCGAAACACACGCGCGUGUAGCUCAGUCGCGAUCUCGUUAAUGACAUCUUAAUCCAUCACGAGUACGUAGAGGUACAGCGGGUUAAAAAUGUUUGUCAAUUAGAUAUUAAUUUUUUUUUCAUUGUCAUAACUAUUUUUUAAUAAUUGUUUUGCAAAUCAUUGUGUACAAUAAAACUCGAGUUCAAAUAAAUACACACACGUUUUGUAAUUA